AUGCUGCAGUUAACACCGCACGAGCAGGAGUACUGUCAGGACAUUACCACGCAGCUGCUGGACCGGACGCUGUACGAGUGCGAGGAGCUGGGCCUGGACACGGCGCCACACGCCAAUCUCGCGCCGCUGGACAGCAGACGAUGGAAAAAGCUCCAGUCCCACCCGGACGUGACGCUGUACGCGGACCGCAGCUCCAACGGUGCGUGGUUUCCGGUCAUGCACCGCGAGGACUGGGCGCACCCCGUGUCGUUGGUCGCCAUCGGCCAGUUCAAGUACUCUCUGGACGACGUGCUGCUGUCUUUGGUGACUCCGGACAUCGCCACCCAAAGGCUGAGGAGCGUGCUAUUAGGGCGACGUCCUGAGAACAACUGCAAGCACCAAACCAUCGUGCUGCCCAGUCACGAAGCUCCGUUCCAGGUCCUGGCCGUUAGUCGAUACGUUAACACGCAGCACUGGCCGCAUACGCUGCUCGCGGGUCCGCGGGAGAUGGUCGUGGCGUUCGGAACGGGCGAAGUCAUGUCCUCGAACGGCAAGCGCAUCGGCUACGAAGUCAUGCAGACAGUGUCGCUGGACCAAACGUUCCCUCGAUCGCCUGCACUGCCGCGGACGCAGAUGAUCAGAGCGCGCGUGUUCUGGGAACAGCCCGACGGGACUGUGGGCAUGUACGGCAAGACGUUUGCCGAUGGGAUCUCCCCCAUCCCGGACUCGGUGACGCAGAAUAUGUAUUGUCGGGCGGCCAUGUGCAUCUGGAAGUUCGUACCGCGCACGCUCGAGGUCAAGAAGCUGCGCUGGUGUCUCAAGAACCGGAAGGUGAUCACCCCCAUGCUGCAGCGCGCGACGCCUGUGGCUGGCUGCGCUGCGUGUGGGAUCGUCAAACCAAAGAGUCAAGCGGUGAAGCUUGACUCUGCUGACGCCAAGAAGAAGGCCAAGAACCAGUGCGAGUUCUGCGAGACGUGGCUCUGUGGCACGUCGUACUGCAAGACCAACUGCCAGCUCAAGAUGGUCAGCUGCAGCGAGACCAAAGUGUAUGAGCAGACGCUGCUGCUGUGUCCGCGCUGCAUUACCUUCGUACGGAGCGUGCCAGCGAUCGAUAUCGCUCGGUUCGAGUUGGCGGAGAGGAAAUCGCGCGGCGGACUGCCCAGCUGGGAGCGAGACGUCUACUCUCCGUCGCCGACCACGUGUUCGUCCACCGACUAUGAUCUCUAA